GUUACUCCUUCUCGAUAAGGGACAGCCCACCUCAGCUUUGCACACCCAGCCGCCCCUGCAUAGACCUCCCCAUAUCUGGCAAAAUUCUGAGACAGAAAAAUAGUGAACCAGUGGGCAGAAAGAAGACAAAAGAUCACAAGCAAAAAUCUGCCAGAAGAGGACUUUACAAAAUCUAGCAGAAAAAUGGAUCCCAGUAAGUCUUCAAAUGUGCCUCAAACUAACUGCAAUUCAUCAGACAAGCAGCCCGCACCACCAUCAUACCAGGUCAACCCAGGAUACCCUAACCCUGCAUAUCCUCCACCAGCAGGUUAUCCGAACCCUUCUGGAUAUCCUGCACAGCAAUACGGACCUCCAGGUGGUCAGCCAUAUGUACAGGCCCCUUAUCCAGAACAGCCUCCGAUCACUGUACAGCCGACAGUUUAUGUGACCCCCACUCCUCUGGCCCAUCCACUGCCAGAUUACCUGUGUUACUCCAUUUUUACCAUGCUUUGCUGCUGUUUACCUUUAGGCAUUGCUGCUCUGGUUUACUCCGUCUCUACUCGAAAUGCAAACAUGUCUGGACAUCAACAAAUGGCACAGAAAAACUCCAGAAUGGCGCGCAUACUUAACCACUCUGCUCUUGGUAUCGGCCUCACCUUAAUUGUGUUGUACAUCAUCUACAUCAUCGCCCAAGUCGUUUACAAUACUUAUUCACCAUAGAGGGCCCAGUGAGAGAUUUCCAAAUAUUAAUACCACAUACAAUGUUACAAAUAUAAUUUUAUAAACACGUUUGAUAUUCUGCAUUUAAAUGUGUAAUGUAUACAGCUUUUUUACACUUAACAUUAAGUGGUUCAGUUUGGAGCAUUAAGUUGUUUAUUCUGACUGACCAACUCAUGUCCAGCCAUUUAUUAUCCACUGAAUUUAAACAAACGCUUUGAAUGUUUCUUGCAUUUUAACAGAAUAUAAGCUUUGUGGUAAAAGUAUCAUAACAGAGACAUUUGUUGUAUUGCAUUAAAACUUCAGGUAACCAAAAUGUGAAUGCAUUUACCAUUCACAGUACAUUCUCACUGAAUAUAACCACAUAGCUGGUUUAUUUUAUAAUCUCCUAUCCUGUCCCAAACAUAUAUCCUAGAAUUCUAUAGAUCAAUUCAUUUAUCCUUAUUCAUGUCUUUUAAAGAAAAUAAAGAUAUGGUAAUCGUCA